CCAGCAAGGCCGGCGCGAUAGAGAUGGCGCAGGGGGGCUGGGCCCCGCCUCGUUUUUCGACUCCAUUGCACCGACACGUGGGACAAGGUGCUUUCCGAGAGGUAUACGAGCCGGCCGAAGACACGUUCUUGCUGCUGGACGCGCUGGAGGAAGCAGCCGCGGAACUUAUGGGAGUAGAGAUAUGCCUUGAAAUAGGAUCAGGAUCUGGCAUCGUGUCUGCAUUCCUGGCUUCAAUUAUUGGCCCUCAGGCUUUGUAUGUGUGUACUGAUAUCAACCCUAAAGCAGCUGACUGUACCUUGGAGACAGCACUGUGUAACAAAGUUCACAUUCAGCCAAUAAUUACAGAUUUGGCCAAAGGAUUGUUACCAAGGUUAUUCAGGAAAGUUGAUCUUCUCGUAUUUAACCCACCCUAUGUAGUAACGCCUUCUGAAGAGGUAGGAAGUCAUGGAAUAGAGGCAGCAUGGGCUGGUGGCAGAAAUGGCCGAGAAGUCAUGGACAGAUUCUUCCCUUUGGUUGCAGACCUCCUAUCACCAGAAGGAUUUUUCUAUUUAGUUACUAUUAAAGAAAACAAUCCAGAUGUGUAUACUGCGACUCCAACAUAAAAAUGUUUAUAACUUUUUCCAAGUACCAUAUCUUCAUUGCAAUAAACUCAUCUCUAAUCAUCCUGACUAUAGUUUUAUUAAUUUCUUUUAUGCAACUGAUCAGUUACUGUUAAUACUAUAUAGGUUUUUUCCUACCUUGAAUUCAAAAUCUAUAAUCAUGCUAUUAAGUCAAGAAUGUCAAGGGAAUCAAUGAAGGAAACUGUGAAGAAAACAGAUUAGCAGUAUCAAAUUUCAAAUUAUGUUACAAAGCAGUAAUCAUAACUAUCUGCUACUGAUUAAGAAAUGUAGUGAAGGAUUAGUAGAUUGAAUAUAUGAUAUAUAGUAAUAAAU